AUGUUGGAUGAAGAGUUGAUGGUUCCACCUGAUCCACCAUUAGCAGUAGACAGCUCUCUCCUAGACUUUUGCAAAUCAGUAUUUUCGGGCUCGCUAUGGCCCAAUAAUCCAAAGGUUUUCCACACGCUACUAGCAUUGGAAUCUCCGGACAUUUACUAUGUAUACGAGUGUGUAGAAGAACAUCGUCGUAUUCCUUUUCUGGGAUAUCUUUUGAGAACAGUAUCUGAUCAGCUCACUGCGCAGAUGGGUACGUUUUCGCUUUUUGUUCAGCAGUCCGGGCCUGCCACGUAUCCGUUACGAAUUUUCGUUUGGAUUUGGUAA